UUUAUUUGCAUUCGCAACCCCGUAAACCUCACGCAGAAACAAAGGCUAAAGCCUAAAACCCUAACCCCAACUUUAAACACAGGCGCACACAGGCGUGCAGAUAUCGAUCAAAUUUGGGAAUGGCUAAACCAAGCGAAACAGGGAUGGAAGCCCUGCACCACCUGAAAUCCACGGACCCUCCAGCAUUGUUGGCACCAUCGCCCACGCUCUCCCAAACAGCGCGGACGGCGUCUCAACACCUAUUCUCUUGCCUCAAACCAUACGCUCCCAAAUCGCCGUUCGAUCAACUUUUAACUGAUGGCUUUGAUGCCGAGCAGAUUUGGCAGCAAAUUGACCUGCUUUCGCAGCCUCUGCUCUCCACCCUCCGUCGACAAGUCAAGCACUUGGAGAAGCAUCCCGAGGAGAGCAAGAUAGUCUUGAAGAAGGAGAAUGAGUUCCUUGAUGGGGAAAGGAAGAUUCUAGAAGAGAAGGAAACCAAACGCUUUGAUGAUGAUGUUGAUGACGAUGACAUGGAUAUGGAUAUGGAUGAAUUUGAUGAUGAGGAAGAGGAAGAGGAAGGUGGAAGAAGAGAGAGUGAGAAGGGAGAGAGUGAAGAUGAGAGUGGUGAAAUGGUGGAGGGGAAAGGUGGAGAAGGAAUAGAGGAUAAGUUUUUGAAGAUAAAGGAAUUGGAAGAGUAUUUGGAGGAGGAUGAGGCAAGGGAAUAUGGAUUGGAUAGAAAGAAGAAAAAGGGUGAGCUGAAGCUAGAAGAAGAAGAGGAGGAGGAGGAGGAGGAGGAGGACGAAGAGGAAGAGGAUGAUGAUGAUGACGAGCUUGAUGAUGAAUAUGAAGAUGCAGAGGAAAAUGCUAGUUUUAGAUAUGAAGAUUUCUUUGGUGCUAAAAAGAAGACAGUCCCAAAAAGAAAAUCCAGUUUAUCAAAUGGGUCUGAUGAAGACUCAGGCUUAAAUGAUGAUGGUGCUGUUGAGAAAAAGGGUGGUCUUUCUACCCAUGAAAAGCAACUUGAGAAGCUUCAAUCUGAGAUAGAGCAGAUGGAGAAAGCAAAUUUGGAGCCAAAAACAUGGACAAUGCGGGGAGAGGUCACGGCCGCUAGCAGGCCCAAGAAUAGUGCCUUAGAGGUCGAUUUGGAUUUUGAGCACAACGUAAGGCCCGCCCCAGUAAUCACAGAGGAGAUUACUGCAUCAAUUGAAGAUAUGAUUAAACAGAGGAUCAUUGAGGGACGGUUCGAUGACAUUCAAAAGGUUUCUAGUUUACCCUCUACAGCACCAAAAGAAGUAAAACAAUUGGAUGAGAAUAAGAGCAAGAAGGGUCUUGCUGAAGUUUAUGAGGAAGAAUAUAUUCAGAAGACAAAUCCAGCUGCUGCUCCAAUAUCUUUCUCUGAUGAACAGAAGAAGGAGGCAAGUAUUCUGUUCAAGAAACUGUGCUUGAAGUUGGAUGCUCUCUCUCACUUCCAUUUUGCUCCAAAACCUGUUAUAGAGGACAUGUCUAUUCAAGCUAAUGUUCCUGCUCUUGCUAUGGAAGAGAUUGCACCGACGGCAGUUUCAGAUGCAGCCAUGCUGGCUCCUGAGGAAGUCUUCUCUGGCAAAGGGGACAUUAAAGAAGAAGCAGAAGUUACUCAGGCAGAGAGGAAGAGGAGGAGGGCUAAGAAGAAAAGAAAAUUUAAGGCUGAAGCAGUGAAAAGGAUGACAAAGAAAGCGCGAGACAACACCGCAUUGCUAAAUCACAAUGAGGGGGAGUGACGACUUUUCCUCUAAUAUUCAUGCACAGUGACCAAUUUCAACUUAUGGUUUCAAGUUCUUGUGACCAUCAGAUGGAGAGGGAAAAAGGCAAAAUAGAAUGCCAUUUUACAUUUUAAAGAUUUCUCAAAAAGUUAAGGAACAGUUGGAGGGAACAAAUGAUGCUGCGAAGGAUGAUGAAGGAUUAGAAAUGCUCAAAGCUUGUGAAGAAGUUAGCUCCUGUGUUCAAGGAUCAAGCAUAAAAUUUUGCUGUGUAACUAUUCAACCUGCGAGGUAUCUACAUUCUAAUUAUAAAUCUUUUGAUUGCAGAUUAUGGUCA